AUGGGGGACUGGAACUUGUUGGGCAGCAUCCUUGAAGAAGUGCACAUCCACUCCACCAUAGUUGGCAAAAUCUGGCUCACAAUCCUGUUCAUAUUCCGGAUGCUGGUGCUGGGAGUGGCUGCUGAAGAUGUCUGGGACGAUGAGCAGUCCGAGUUCAUCUGCAACACAGAGCAACCUGGCUGCAACAACAUCUGUUAUGACAAAGCCUUUCCCAUCUCUUUGAUCAGAUACUGGGUUCUACAGAUCAUAUUUGUCUCCUCCCCAUCAUUAGUGUACAUGGGCCAUGCACUCUAUAGGUUAAGGGCGCUUGAGAAAGAGCGACAGAACAGGAAAGCCCACCUGCGGGCUCAGCUGGAAGACCUGGAGCCCAUGCUCGAGGAACACAGGAGAGUGGAGAGAGAACUGCGUAAGCUGGAGGAACAGAAGAAAGUGAAUAAGGCACCCCUGAGAGGGUCCCUGCUGCGCACAUAUAUCCUACAUAUCCUGACCCGGUCGGUGGUCGAAGUGGGCUUUAUGAUAGGUCAGUAUCUUUUAUAUGGGUUUCACAUGUCCCCUCUUUACAAAUGCACUCGGCCCCCAUGCCCUAACACGGUGGAUUGUUUUGUGUCCCGACCCACAGAGAAGACCAUCUUUAUGGUUUUCAUGAACAGCAUUGCCGCCGUCUCCCUCUUCCUCAACAUCCUAGAAAUCGCCCACUUGGGCCUCAAGAAGAUCCAGAAGAGCCUGUGCGGGCAGCCGCAGUGGCCGGCAGGCCUCGCCGAGGAGGAUCCCAGCCUGUACAACUCCAAGAAGAGCUCCGUGGUGCCGUCGCCGCCCCGCCUGGCCAGCAACGCGGCCCCGCCGCGCCCCGCACCCGCCCCGCUCCCGCCACCGCCGCCCGCACCCGGCGCCCCCGGCCCGCCGCCGGCCCGGCAGCACCGCGGGCAGCUCCGGGGGACGCCACCGCCCCGCCGCCGGCACCACGGACAGCACCAGCCCUCCUCCAGCAGCGAGGAGGCGCCGCGGGCCGCCGCGCCGGGCAGCGGGGCAGGGGCGGCGGGGGCACCGGCAGCCGCCCGCCGGGCGCCCCGCAGGCACAGCCGGGUGAGCGCCUGCCGCGAUCUGGAUGAGGAGCGCGGCGACUCCCCGGACAGCGGGCACUGCCCAGGCACGCGCAAGUCCAGCUUCCUCUCCCGCGUCCUCACCGGGAGCCGGGCGGGCAGCGACAGCGAGGGCACCGCGUCCCGCGGCGGCUCCGGCCCCGGCUCCGGGUCCGUGUCCGGCUCUGAGGGGAAGCGCCGCGAGGAGGGCGCGCCCAGCCCGCCGCCCGCCGCCAAUAUGGGACGCCGCGUGUCCAUGGCAAGUAGCGCCCGGGGCAGCCCGAGGGAGGUGGGCGAAGGGGGGCCCCCGUACCUUGUCCCGGCACGGGGGAGGAGAGGCCGAGCCAGGGGGCAGGAAGGCUCGGGCAGGACUUCCAACACAGCCCCAGCGCCUCGCGGUCUCCCGGACCAUGCCAAGCUCCCAAACGUUGAGUCUCCUUUUGCAGUGAAAACAGAAACACUAGGGAAGUCCUGA